AUGUCUGCGUCGCGGCUCUGGCUGAGCUUGGCUUCGGGCGCUCCUGGGCUUGGAGGCCCCUACCUCAUAGAAACCCUGGCCGCAUAUGAAGAGCUGGAUGCAGUAGGCCAUGAAAAGCCGCAGUUUCUGGUGGCUAUUGGACAAGCAACCAAGCGGCAGGUUCUUACUAAGUCUUUCCCCGUGCUCUCCGGUCGGGGACAAUCAGGCGCUAUCACCCUCAGCACCCUUGGGUCACCACUGACAUUUCUGAUCGACUGCGAGCUCCACGCCUCUCGAGAUGCUCCGCGUAUCCAGGGGGGUCCGAUCAAGGGAGACUAUGCGAGGCAUGAGAUGAGAUGCGCUGCAAAUAGCCAGAAGGAGGUUGCCUACUCCCUCUAUCACCAGCUGCUUGCGCCAUUCAGCACGGUCGUCCUUGUCUUCGUCGAGGAUUUUAGCAGCACCUCCGAAGUCACAGAUCUUCUCAUCGACUGGCUUGGCUCAGCCAUGGACAAAAACCCGCCAUAUAGUCCCAAGAUCGUCCUGGUGACCGAGGCAGGCGCGCCCCUUCAUCUGAGAGACUUUUUGUCACGCCUCGUGGCUAGAACUCUAUCCUUACUCCGCCUCAGCGACCCCUUGCGAGC